AUGAGCUCCGCUAAUGAUGCGGUUUUCCUGCGCCGGAACAACCAAAUUCAAGAUGCCAUUGACAGCCAGAAUAUGAAGCAGGCUUUGCAGUUGAUUGAAAAGCGCAUGAAGAAAGGCGAGAACACGCCUUUCCUCAAGGCCUGGAAAGCGAACGUCCUCUUCAAUCACACUGACGAAGCUCAUAAGAAGCGAGGAAUCGCGGAAACCCUUGAGCUGUGUAAAUCCGAGCCACCAGUCACCGACCUUGAUACCCUGGACACACUUCGCCGUACACUCGAAAAGAUGGAUGACCAGACCGGCGUUCGAAGCGCAUUAUGGGAGAGAGCAGCCAAGGCGAAGCCACAGGAUCAUGAUUUGCAGAUGAGAUGGUUUACGGACGCAUUUGACAGCCGUGACUGGAAGUCUGCUCAGAAGGCUGCCAUGAGUCUCCAAAAGAACUUUCCCCGCGAUCGAAAGUACUUCUUCUGGGCCAUCUUUUUCUGUCACAUUGUUUCAAUUGACUCGGCCUCCUCGGACAUGGAUCGCAAGUUGUUUGGAACCUUGGCAUAUCGCAUGAUUUCAAAGGCGGCAGCCGAAGUUCCCACCAAUCCGACCGAGCUACUGAGUCCCCCAAGAGCCAUUCAAAAUGCCGAGGAACUUUUCCUGCUCAUUCAAAUCUUUAACAAACAAGAUAAGCACGAUGAGAUCAUCAAGAUUCUUGAUAGCGAGAGCACUGGCCUCAACUCUCGGAUUGUUAAUAACAACCAGAUUUUCCGGUUGAGCAAGUUGAAUAGUCUGGGAGCUACUGAGCGUUGGGAGGAGGGAUACGCGUGUGCCAAAGACUUUUUGACAGUGUCUGAAGAUGAAGAAGGGCGCAAAGCCCUCAAAGAACGCGACGAGUGGAAGUUCUGGAACAUGCUCAUUGCAAGCACUCGUCACUUAAAAGAAACCCCGGACCUGCUCGCGGAUACACAAGGGUUUAUUGAAAAGUUCAUUGACUUCAGCCCCAAAUCUCGCAACGCGCAUCUCGCUCGAUUGGACAUGAUCCUACUUGGCAUCGCACGGGGCCAAAACACAUCGGAUGAUCUGAUUUCUGCAUGCCAAAAAUACUGGGACCAGCACAAGCACAAGCUCUAUUUCCUCGGUGACAUUCGAGGUGUCCUGGAGAACUGCGAAGAUAGCCUAGUCCGUAAAGUCUAUGAAUAUUGCAUGGACAGCGUUGAAGGAAAGGCUGAGGAUAUUAUGCCAUUGAUCAAUGCAUACAAGAUGCAGUACUUAGCACAAUUGUCUGGCAAGGACGCAUCCAAGGCCACCAUUGAAAAUAUUGUCCGCAAUUGCCUUGACUUUUAUGAGGGCUUUACUCUUCUUGCAAAGACCCAGAACAAAAAAGACAACCAAGAAGCUUCCGCCAUGGAAAGCCGACCCACAGAUGACUUCUGUCUCAUUGCCUCCAUGGCUCUUCUUCGUCCCAACAAGACCUCCGGCGAAGUCAGUGACAAAUCUUUGAUCCGUGCCGCUGGUAUUCUGGAGCGUCUAUUGGUUGAUUCGCCUCACAACUAUGAAGCACUCUUGACUUUGAUUCGAAUUUACGUCCUUCUUGGAGCUGGUUCACUCGCCUUGAAAGCGUUCAGUAAGCUAUCGGUCAAACACGUGCAGUAUGAGACUGUUAGCCAUAUCAUUUUCACUCGUUUUGCAAGCAUCCAUCCUUUCUCCGCACCUGCCUAUGAAGGCGCCGAGUAUAAGGAAUUUGAUCCACAAGCUGCGUUUGUUCAUGCCCUUGACUUUUACCGCUCUGCAAACCUCACUGUCUCGCGAUCUCUCAUGAAUGGACUUCGCGAAGGUUCUUAUGUAAACUCGGAGGAAACCAUGGAGCUGCGGAACCGCCUCAAUGACAGUAUUAAUCGGAGAAUCUUGGCACUGGAAACCCGACGAAUGCAAAGACUGAGAAAAGGAGAACACUUGAGUUUCCAUGAGGAAAUCGCCCAGUCUAAUUUGCCAGUUUAUGACCAACGGUCGUACGAUGCGUUCAUGAAUUUGGAACAUCAUAGCCAACCGACAUUCGAAACGCGACUGCGUGCAGGCCCGAUUCCUAAAUCAAACUGGCUGGCCUCCACCCGAGUCACUGACCAACUGUUCAGUGUCCUCAAGAGUAUUGCUAUGCAAAAGCCGAACCCUAUCGAGGAAACGCUACCUGGCAUUAGCGACUUGAAGCUUUCUGAGACCGAUAACGACUUAACGCCCACGGAAAUAGACGCAGGCAAGAUCAACACUGAAUUGCUCAAGGUGGCGAAUUUCAUGGCUGGAUCCAAGGCCCAUACUUCGGACCAAAUUGUCAAGGUGCUUGGUCAAGUAGAGGCCUGGUUGAAUGAUAAGAUACAGUAUCUGGCCCUUCAAGACGACAAAGUUUCUCCUCUUAUCGAGAUUACGACUAUUGAGUUUGACGGAACCCAUGCUGUCCCGACUUGGAGAUACUUCCACGCCAUCUGGUCUCUCGUGGAGAUCCUUAAGGCUUUGUCAAACAUUAUUGACCUGGAUUCCAAGAAGUCUGUGAAGACUGUCAAGCUUCCAGCUGAUCAACUGAACCGGGUGACCGCUCUUGUCUGCGAUGUUUUCGAGCAUGUUCGUUCAAACACCCGGGCUUUGAAGCGUGGCCUUUCCGAAUCGGCCACCCUUAGUACCGUGGUCAACCUUGUCAUGCAGGGUGAUGCCGAUGAUGCAUACGGGAAGCCACUUCAGGAUGUUCUCAACAGAAUGAUGGAUUCAUCCGCACUAGAAGUGUUCUGUGGAGAGCUAAAGGAGAGCUGGGAAGAGGCACUUGAUGGGCGCCAAGGCCCCAUUUUGCGGUUCCAGGCAAAAGACCAGGUGAUUUUCACACGGCUUCCUCACAUCCUCUUCGACAACCCCCGCCAAACCCUUCAGUCAACAACCGUCGAGAUGGUGCACGAACGCUCCGGAAUUGUGGUCGGCCUCAACAGCGGUCGGAAAACCACCGCCCUGAACACCCCCAAGACCCGCAUCAGUCGGUCCGUUGGCAAGUCUUCUCGCCGUACCGCUUUCGUCCGCGAGAUCGCUGCUGAGGUUGUUGGCCUCGCUCCCUACGAGCGCCGCAUCAUCGAACUCCUCCGCAACGCCCAGGACAAGCGUGCCCGCAAGCUCGCUAAGAAGCGCCUCGGUACUUUCGGCCGUGGCAAGGCUAAGGUCGAGGCUAUGCAGAAGGUCAUCGCUGAGUCCCGCCGCACCCAGGCUGCUCACUAA